GUGAAGGAAUAAAACUAAUAAUGUCAGAUGAAGAAGUAGGCCUAUCAAAAGAAGAGGAAGCUAAGUGCUGGGAAGCAUUUAGUGCUUUCGAUAAAGACUCCUCAGGCGAAAUCGACGCCAAUGAACUCCGGAUUGUGCUCGAAAUGAUGGGUCAGAAAACGACAGAGGAAGAGAUCUUCAGGAUGAUAUCAGAAGCUGAUGCUGAAAAUACAGGAUUGAUAAAGUACGACCAAUUUAAAAAGGUAAUUGCAGAGCAAAAGAAGACUCAAUCGCUCACCAACGAAGAAGACACCCUUGAUGCAUUUGUAGCACUAGGUGGGCAAGCAGAUAAAGGAGGUGAAAUUGAUGCCAAAAGACUGAUUCAAAUAAUCAAGUAUGAUUUUGAAAUGACCAUUGAUAUUGAAAAAUUGAUCGAAGAUGUAGAUGAUGAUAACUCAGGCAAGAUCGAAUAUGAUGAAUUUAGGAACCUUCUCUCUUCUAGUGAUUAAUUUAAUCAUAAAAUUGAGCUAUUCUAAUUCCCCCAAAGCGUGUGAGUCUAAAUAUUCCAAAUCAAAAUUUCAAUC